UUUAAUUCUGAAAAGCUGUUUUAUAAGUGGAAUCCUCUGUGACGUUUGUGUGACCAGUCGCUGGCAGAGAUCUUCAUGGACCAGUGAGUUGAGUAAAAUCGGAUCUGACAAGACCUCUGGAAAAGACAGUGUUUCACAAAAGCACCACAGAGCAGCUCAGUCACUGCCCCCGUGCGAGUUUGAGGUGAAGAAGAAAAGGAACAGAAAACAAAGAGACAUCAGAGAGCAGAAAGCGCUGUCUCUGAAUUUGUCUUUGUGUAUAGAAUGAAGCCAAUCUUGGAAACUACAACCCCCGGGGAAAGCAAUGAAUCGAGCCAAGAGAGCAAAGGUUGCUUCGAGUGCUGCAUUAAGUGCCUUGGAGGAGUUCCGUAUGCGUCGCUGUUGGCAACGAUUUUGUGUUUCUCUGGUGUGGCGCUGUUCUGCGGCUGUGGCCAUGUGGCUAUAACAAAGGUGGAGAGUAUCGUCCAGAUGUACUUCUCCACCACCCCAAGCGACCACGUCUUGCUGACUGAAGUAAUCCAGAUGAUGCAGUACGUCAUCUAUGGAAUUGCUUCAUUCUUCUUCCUGUAUGGAAUAAUCCUCCUGGCAGAAGGUUUCUACACCACGAGCGCUGUGAAGGAAAUUCAUGGGGAGUUCAAAACAACUGUAUGUGGACGCUGCAUCAGUGGAAUGUUUGUCUUUCUGACCUACGUGUUGGGAAUAGCAUGGCUCGGAGUUUUUGGCUUUUCCGCUAUCCCAGUCUUUAUUUAUUACAACAUGUGGUCAACCUGUCAGACCAUCAAUUCCCCACCAGCCAAUCUGACGAUGAUGAUUGAUGAGAUUUGUGUGGACAUCCGACAGUACGGCAUUAUUCCCUGGAAUGCCUCACCCGGAAAAGCCUGUGGCUCAACUUUAACCACUAUCUGCAAUACAUCUGAGUUUGAUUUGUCCUAUCAUCUGUUCAUCGUAGCUUGUGCUGGAGCUGGUGCUACUGUCAUUGCGCUGCUCAUCUACAUGAUGGCUACCACAUAUAACUUUGCUGUUUUGAAGUUUAAGAGUCAAGAAGACUGCUGCACAAAAUUCUAAGUUGCUAUAGAAGCAGUAUACAGAGCUCUACGAGCCGCACUGAGUAGCUUGAACUACCACUGGCAUCAUGGACUAAAACAGAACUUAUUAAUCUGCAUUUUACAAAAGAAUAAUUUGUAAAUAGCACAAGAAAGCAUCAUAUAGUAUCAACACUUAAAGCACUCUUUUUAGUAUCUUAUUUGAUUUAAUAUGACUGCCAUAAAGGUGUACGAUCUGGCUAUUUUUGUUUCCAAAUACGGGGUCAAUGCAAAGAAUGUCACCAAUGGCUGAAUUAUAUUGAACAAGAGAAACAAAACAAAUGGUGCUAUAAUUCCUGGCCCACAGUAUGCUGUCCCAAGAUCCAGCAAUAAGUCUGCCAUUAAUACUGAUCUCAGAUGGACUAAGAAGCCAUUAAUUGCUUUUCUAAGUUAUUAAAUAAAUUAACUGCAUUUUAUGUUUCCAACCGGCCAGUACUUGGGAUCUUCCAUGAGAAUGAACAUAAAAUACAAUGAAUAAAAAUGUUAAAACCAGAACUAAGUAUCAGACAAUAGCUCCAUGUGGUUCUGUUUCAAUGGUAGUACAGUUACUUUCAAGGAGUUGAAAGCUAAUAAAAAGGUUAAUGUCACGAUGCAUAGUAAGGGAAACCCAUCAUUCUAGUUUAGAAAGACUUUAGGAGUUGCAAAAAUUUGAAACAUCAGAGUGAGAGAAAUUCAAAAUCUAGAACAUUUGUGUUAAUUGUUAAUUUUUAAGAAAAGCCAAUUGUAAGUCAUAUUUCAGACGUUUGAGUUGAACUAGUCGACAUUACAUAGAAUUAUUCAAUAUCAGCUGAGUCAGUCAGGACUCUGUAACCUGCCAAUAGCAUUGCAUUAACUUGGAGGAUGACCUGCUGAGAACAGCAUUGUGCAACUCAGUUGAUAGGAAAAGGUUAUACGUUAUUGGUUGAUCCCAAAUUAUUCAUUUGCUCACACGUUAUGCCACUGCAAGUCUAUGCAUGUUUAGAUAACAAGAUGCAAUCAAUUGAUUACUAGAUGCCAUCAACACAGAUAGCUCUCAUGCGUCAAUGGUUUGUUACAAAGAGAUUUCACAACUAUCGGUAAUAAAAUUAAAAAGAAAGUCCAAAAGCCAAUUCCUGUGUGUUAAAUACUAGAAAUUUGCCGGAAUAAAUCUAGCCUUUUAUAUCAAACCUUUUCCGCAAUCUGCUCUAACUCCACUUCAGUUGACAGAACUCAUUCAGAUCCACUUUGCCUGGUGCUGCAAAUUUGUAAUUGUGAUGUAGCAAUUAAGUUUGUUUGCGGCAGGAUGGCUAAGUUGAAUCCACAUAGUAAACAGUUAAGCUGCUUUGAAAAUUCAGGUGGCUGAUAAAUCUCAAGCUAAUCAAAUUACCUGGUCAGACUAAAACACCAUUACUGGUUGAAAUCAUUAGUCCCUCUCCUACCAUAUUUGUCUUCAUCAAGAGUGCCCAGCUCAAUAAAAGUAGCACAGAGGCCACUGAGUGAAUUGCCUCUCUAUAAAUACAAAUAAAUACAUUUUGUUUGUUACAAAGUACACAUUUUUCAAAAUUAAAAAAAAAUUAUUUCAAAAAAUUAGAAUUUCCGGUUUAAGACACCAUGCACUCUCCGGAUAAAUCUUUUAAAUCAGGUUGAAAACAGUGGGUCCAAUUUAAAUGGCAGUGGAACCCAAGGAUAUUUGUGCCAUGGUUAAAUUAAUUAUUAUGUAUGCAGGACAAUGGAAAAAUCUAUUUGCAGGCAUCUUGUACAUGCAGCUCUGCUACUUUUUCUACUGUUUUGAAAGAUUCAGAGUAGACAGUUAAGGACACUUAGGGAGCUGUGAACAUACAUGAUCUGGAAAAGGACAUUUCUGCUUAAAAGCUAAACUUGCAUUGAUUGACAUUUUGCACCCAUUUAAGCUUUCAAAUUUGCUCAUUCAUGUGGAAUAUUAUCUUCAAAAGAUUUCCAGUGUUAUGAAAAUAUAUAACAGACUAACAUAAGAACUGAUUAACUUUGUUUAAAAUACUGGGGGAGGUGCAUUGUGCUCGAUGACAGAAUAGCUUUAAGAAUCACAUUUCGAAGUUCUGAAAGGGAAAUUGUGUGGUGAGAGCAACUUUACUGCCUUAAAGGUACUAUAUGCAUUGAAAAGCAUUUGCCUAAAUUUACUAAAUGGCCAACUGAAUACAUAUAGAGCAGCCUUGGUCCUAAGAAAUUGACUCCUAAGUAGCCAGAUCUUGCACCUGACCCAUGGCAAAGAUGUUUUGGUUGUUGGAACACGAGAUGGUGAGAACUAGGUUGCUUGGUGUAAGAAGUGAUUGGAAUGUAGGUUGUCUUCUAUCCAACCCCCAUCCCCGUGAGUAGGGUUCUUCUCUGUGAUUUUGGGAAUGCACCAGUUUGAGGCUUAGAAUGAGAUUAAAAGAGUGACUGCGCUAAAUACUAAUUUUUUUUUCUCCAGUUACAGUGUUGGCAGCCAAGGGUUAGUAAAUUGUUUCUUGUUAAUUAAGUGUAACACUUGCCUUUGCAGACAAUUUUUAAAAAAUCUUCAAAUGUGCCAUUAUAAUAUUUGUUAACCUCAAAACUGCAUGCUUUAUGCUUGUUUUUAGUCACCUUUUGUUACAAAAAUUCCCACAUUUCGGCAUUAUUUAAUUUUCUUAAUACAGUAUUUUGAAAUUGUAUGUAUAGACACUUUAUUGACUUUCAAUCAUUUUUUUCCUUCAUAUACUCAAAAUAAACAUGCUUUCUUUACAAAA